CUGUGCGCUCUAACCAGCACUUCUGUUUUAGAUUAAGCGUUAACCAUUUUCGAAAUAUAUUUUUUUGGACAAGAGUAAACGAUUUACGGAUUAUGUCGACAAUCAGCAAUAUUGUACGCAAAAAGCAAAAUAUUCCAACUGGUACAAAAAUAAGGGAUAUCACGUGACGCAUCAGCCCUUCAAGAUGGUGGUCACUGUAUUGUUAUGUGUCUGCAUGACCAGUUAAUAACGAAACUAUUUAAGAUUUAAGCGUUAACAUUUGCGGAUUUAUUUUGCGUCUAGUUAAUGCAACCUUUUGGAUACCAGAGCAUCUCUCUAUACCAGUUACAUAUUGUUAUUUGUUGGAGACAAGUCGCAUUUUGAAACAUGUCGGUAAUCUGCUGGACAGACAUCUAUACGUCAAAACAUAGCAGGAGUUGCUGACUUUUAUCACAGUCUGGGAUGAUUACAAACGUUUUCUUUUUGGAGGGAAAGAAAUGUCGCUCAGAGAGUUGAAAGUGUGUUUGCUUGGGGAAACUGGUGUUGGAAAGUCAAGUAUCGUGUGCAGAUUUGUGGAGGACAGCUUUGAUCCCAACAUUAAUCCUACAAUUGGUGCAUCAUUUAUGACGAAGACAGUGCAGUACCAAAAUGAGCUCCAUAAGUUUCUUAUUUGGGACACAGCAGGACAAGAAAGGUUUCGUGCCCUUGCCCCUAUGUACUACAGAGGCUCGGCUGCAGCUAUCAUUGUUUAUGACAUUACAAAGGAGGAAUCCUUUCUAACUUUGAAGAACUGGGUAAAGGAGCUUCGUCAGCAUGGACCACCCAACAUAGUGGUGGCCAUUGCUGGCAACAAAUGUGAUCUUUCUGAUGCCAGGGAGGUACUAGAGAAGGAUGCCAAGGACUAUGCGGACUCUAUCCAUGCUAUUUUUGUUGAAACUAGUGCCAAAAAUGCUAUUAACAUCAAUGAAAUCUUCACUGAGAUAAAAACAGCCAUGCAAGCCCAAGCCAUGACACUACCACCAGCAUGCUUGAUGUCAGAAGAUUCCACAUUUAGACACAAGUGACUCAGGUGUGAGGGGCUUGAAACUGCGACGUGAACAAUCAGACUUAACCAGGGAACGCACUUGCUGCUAAUGCACAAUUAGGCUAAAUCUAUUUCUACCUUCUUUCACCUCUUCAAUGCUAAGAAACAGAAUAGAAAGAACCCAAAAAUUCUGUCCAUUCUAUCGCUGUCCAGACUCUUUGUUACAGCAGAAACUGCGACUCAUAUGACUCCCUGUCCCUGACUAACUAAAGUGGAGUGGACUUGGUGUACCAGCUCUGGUCUCUCAGACCUUAAGUCACUCUCUACUACCCUGUAUAUUUUUUUGUAAAUUUCAAAACAUUUAAAAGGAAAAAAAGGCACUGGUUUUAUUCCUUUUGAGAAAUCAAAAUGUUGAUCUGGUUUUCUGUUCCACCAUAACUUAUAUCAAUACACCAUUGUGUGCAUA